AUGACCAGAUCACAGAAUCAAACAACUCAUUAUCAAAAUGAGCUAUUGUCAUCACAAUCUUCCUUAAUUUCUUCUGGUUCUCCAAUAACGUCCGUUUCCCCCUCAUUUCAACCUACUAGAUCUAAUUAUCCGAGAGAUACCCAUUAUCCUGAUAUGAUCCAAUACCACUAUGAUUCUGGUUCUUCUAAUUCAAUAUUUUCUUUUCCUCCCGGAAGCCUUGUAGAAACUCCAACUACUGCUACUACAUCCACUCACUUUCCAAAUGGCGCAUCAGGUCAUUCUGUAUCUGAUGGAUAUAAUAUCACACCAGUAUCCGGACCGUUACUAUGGGAUGAUGAUAACACGGAUGAUGAAUUACAUAAUAUAGACAAAAGUGCAAAUGAUCGAAAGUGUGUAUUGUUUUCGAGACGAGGUUGCUUAAAUGUGGGCGCAUUGAUGCUCAUCCUUGGAGGUAUGCUAAGUCUGAUGGUAGUUUAUCCGGUGUAUACCACUAUAGUGAAUAACGAAUUGUUAAAAAAGUCUGGUAAAAACUCAACUCGAAUCGCCGGAACUUUGCUUGAUUUUGUUGACAUUGAUACUCCUGAAUCAGCACAUACUAAAAUAGCGAGCGACGGGUCCAUUUAUAAGCUUGUGUUUUCUGAUGAAUUUAACAAGGAUGGUAGGACAUUUAGACCUGGAGAUGAUCUAUACUGGGAAGCUGCUGAUCUUCAUUAUUGGCUUACGAAUGAUUUGCAAUGGUAUUCACCUGAUAUGGUUACUACCAAAGAUGGAAAACUUCAAAUUACUAUCACAAACGAAAUUAUUCGUGGGCUAAAUUAUAAAUCAGGGAUGCUGCAAAGUUGGAAUAAGUUUUGCUUUCAAGGAGGGAUAUUAGAAGUUUCGGUUUCACUUCCAGGUGAUGGCAAAACUCAAGGAUUUUGGCCAAGUGUAUGGACCCUUGGUAAUUUGGGUCGCCCUGGUUAUGGUGCUACGACGGAUGGUGUUUGGCCAUAUAGCUACGAUAAUUGUGAUGUGGGUAUCACACCCAAUCAAUCCGAUACAUCUGGUACAUUUUCAUAUGUUCCUGGUCAACGUCUUAACAAAUGCACGUGCCCAGGUCAAGAUCAUCCAUCACCCGGUAAAGGUCGUGGUGCUCCAGAAAUUGAUGUAUUUGAAGCAACCAUUGAUGGUGAUGGUCAAAACCAUAUAUCGCAAUCUGCCCAAUUUGCACCUUUUGACGCAAAUCGUAUGAUCAAUAAGAGUUUUAUUUAUAUAGAUAACCCAAAUGUGACAACAUUCAACACCUACGUUGGUGGAGUGUGGCAGCAAGCUGUCAGUUCGUUGACAACGAUUAAUAAUGAAAUUUAUAACAACCGUGUGUAUGAAAAAUAUGCCUUUGAAUAUGAGCCUGGGCCUGAUGGAUACAUAAGUUGGUUUGUUGGCGAUCAACUCACGUGGAGAAUGAAUGCUAGCGCCGUUGGUCCGAGUAAGAUAAAUGACAUAGGUCAAAGAAUAAUAAGCGAAGAGCCAAUGUCUAUCAUUAUUAAUUUAGGCAUGUCGGAAGAAUUCAGUCAAGUAGAUUUCAGAAAUCUGGAAUUCCCUUCAACUAUGUAUGUAGACUAUGUACGAGUUUAUCAGGAUCCACUAAAGGUCAAGGUAUCAUGUGAUCCUCCAGAUCAUCCUACUUCUGAUUAUAUUAGAAAGUAA